UUGGUCUGUCUGACUGUAUGAAUAUUUUGUUUUUCGUGUAUUUGUAUACGGUUCGAAAAUAGCGUUGGUAGUUACUUUUGUAUUUUUAAGAUAAACUUUAGUUUCGUAUUCAACGUUUUAAAGCACACUUCGUAUGGAAGAAAAUAAAAUACAUGAACGGAUUAUUAACGGCCUUUAGUGGAAUUCUUAUAAUAACAUAUUUAGAGAAAUCAAAAUUUAACAAUAUAAAAAUGAAAAUGUAUAAUUAAAUAACUAUUAAAAUCAAUACGAUUUUAAUAUUGCGAGUGAGUGUUUUAGGAAUGUGGCAAAAAAAAAUAUUUAAAUAAACAGUAAAACAAAAAAACCAACAAAAUCGUAACAAAAUAACUAGUUUGUCUGGAAAUCACUACAUAUAUGAAAAAUCGCAAACAAAUAAAAUAAAACAGUUUUUGCCAAGCAAAAUCAAAGUUUUACGAUCAUUUAAAUUCAAGUUUGAAAAUUAAAAUACAAAUAUGAAUAGAGUUUAAGAAAACAAAAAUAGAAUAGAAAAGAUUCAAAAAGUGCAACUGUAUAAGCAAAAUAAAAAAUUAACAUACAAAAUUUAAAACAUCUACAAAUGACGUAAAAAUUUGCAAAUUUAAACACGAAAAUCUUAAAGAAGUGUCAGUUUCCAGUACGAGUUUAUUGCAUACAACUCUCAUACAUACACUUAAUAUCUUGUUCGCUCACACGUUCAGUUAGUCGCGCGUUAAACGUUAAACUUGAAAUAUAUAAUGACGUUGGUGUUAUUAAACUGUUAGCCUUAGUUUUGACAAUGAAAGGAUUCAAUUGGUUUGGAGCUUCACUACUCCUACUGAUCGUACUCACACACAAUUUCAGUUCCCUUCAAGCAGAACGCAUACGCAAUGGCCGCAACAGCAACAAUCAUAACAACGGAGCCAACACAGAGGACAGAGGGCAACGUAAACGUAAUAACAACAGUCAAAAAACACAAUCAGCCCAUCGCCAACGUACCUCCUCGUCACAACAUUUACUCUCAUCUUUAGCCGCCCAACCCAAUACUCACCAUCACAUAGAGGAUCAACACACAGAAUUUGUUAAGGGCAAAAUUUGUAUUGGUACUAAAUCUCGUCUAUCAGUGCCCUCAAAUCGAGAACAUCAUUAUCGAAACUUACGUGAUCGCUACAAUAACUGCACUUAUGUCGAUGGAAAUUUGGAGUUGACGUGGUUACAAGAUCCCAAUUCAGAUUUGAGUUUUCUGGAGAAUAUUCGAGAAGUUACCGGUUAUAUAUUGAUAAGUCAUGUUGAUAUACGUAAAGUCGUUUUCCCAAGACUUCAAAUUAUUCGCGGUCGUACAUUGUUUAAUCUGAAUGUUCAAGACGAACAAUUUGCAUUUUUUGUUACAUAUUCGAAAAUGUUUUCUUUGGAAAUGCCCGCUUUACGAGAUAUCCUACAGGGUUCAGUGGGGUUUUUCAACAAUUUUAAUUUGUGUCAUAUAAAGAGUAUUGACUGGAAUGAAAUAAUGUCUGGCCCCACCGACAAAUAUCACUACAACUACAUCUACAAUUUCACUCUACCGGAAAGGGAGUGUCCUAAGUGUCAUGAGUCCUGCGAGAAGGGCUGUUGGGGCGAAGGUCCUAAUAAUUGCCAAAAGUUUAGCAAAAUCAAUUGUUCACCCCAGUGUGCUCAAGAUAGAUGUUUCGGUCCUCGUCCUAGGGAAUGCUGUCAUCUUUUUUGUGCUGGUGGAUGUACAGGACCUACGCAGAAGGAUUGUAUAGCAUGUAAGAAUUUCUAUGACGAUGGUGUCUGCAAAGAGGAAUGUCCACCAAUGCAGAAAUAUAAUCCAACGAAUUAUUUGUGGGAGGCCAACCCAGAGGGAAAGUAUGCCUAUGGUGCCACAUGUGUUAAAGAAUGUCCCGAGCACUUGUUGAAAGAUAGUGGAGCCUGUGUUAGAAGUUGUCCCGCCUUCAAGAUGGCCAAAGACGGUGAAUGUAUACCAUGUAAUGGCCCUUGUCCCAAGUCAUGUCCAGGCCUUGCAAUCUUGCAUGCUGGUAAUAUAGAGUCUUAUAGAGGAUGUACUGUCAUUGAAGGUUCUUUACGGAUUUUGGAUCAGACUUUUUCUGGUUUCCAAGAUAUUUAUAAAAAUUAUUCUCUCGGCCCUCGGUAUAGUUCAAUGCAUCCUGAUGCUUUGGAAGUAUUCUCAACUGUUAAAGAAAUUACCGGUUAUUUGGAUAUAGAAGGAGCCCAUCCAGAUUUUAAAAACCUCUCCUACUUCCGCAAUUUAGAGGUAAUACACGGUCGUCAAUUGAUGGAGAGUUACUUUGCAUCAUUAUCAAUUGUUAAAACAUCAUUGCAAAGUUUGGAAUUGAAAUCUUUAAAACGAAUUAAUGCUGGUUCCGUGGUAAUUCAACACAACGACAAAAUAUGUUAUGUAAACGAAAUCAAUUGGACCAAACUACAGAAAUCAGGUGAACAUGGCUUUGUGGUGGAAAGAAAUCGCAAUAAGGAGGAUUGCAAAAAAGAAGGCUUAGUGUGUUCGAAUCAAUGCGACCAAUCAGGUUGUUGGGGUUCCGGCAACGAUCAGUGUUUGGAAUGUAAAAACUUUGAGUACAACGGCACUUGUAUUGCGGAUUGUCGUAAUAUCACCAAUGCUUAUCAAUUUAAUGCAAAAACGUGCAAACAGUGUCAUCCCGAAUGUCGGACCUGUUCUGGUCCAGAUGCUGAACAUUGUGAUGAAUGUGUUCAUGUAAGAGAUGAAAAUCGUUGCGUUACCGUUUGUCCGGAAAACAAAUUUUCUGAUUAUGGUACAUGUCGCAGUUGUCACCCAACUUGUGAAGGUUGUACUGGACCUCUUGACACCAUUGGUCCUGGAGGUUGUAAGACAUGCCCCCUGGCUAUAAUUAGUUCAGAUGGAAAUAUUGAAAGAUGUCUACAGAAAAACGAUAAAUGCCCAGAUGGUUAUUACUGGGAGUACGUGAAUCCAAGAGAGCAAGGUCAACUCAAACCAUUAGCUGGAAAAGCCAUCUGUCGUAAGUGCCACCCUCGUUGUGAGCUGUGUAGUGGUUAUGGCUUCCACGAACAGGUUUGUCAAAAAUGUGCCGGCUAUAAAAGGGGAGAACAGUGCGAAGAUGAAUGUCCAUCAGAUUAUUAUGCGGACGAAGCGAAUCGUGAGUGUUUCAUGUGUAAUCAAGAGUGCAAAGGAUGCACUGGUCCUGGUUCAGACGAUUGUUUGGCGUGUCGUAGUUUCAAACUUUUCGGUGAAGGAGAUCCUUAUGACAAUGCAACUAUCUUUAAUUGCACUUCAAAAUGUCCACCGGAGUAUUCACACGUUAUUUAUCAAGCUCCACACUUGGGAACAUAUUGUUCAGCAGUUCCUCUGAAGGGCUCCAAGUUGGUGGCAGCUGUUGAUAACUACAUAUUUUUGAUUAUAGCAUUGGUUACUUUAGUGUUGGUUUUGGGCAUAUUGAGUGUUGUCACCUACGUUUGUCGUCAAAAAGCCAAGGCCAAAAAGGAAGCUGUUAAAAUGACCAUGGUUUUAUCAGGUUGUGAGGAUUCUGAACCAUUAAGACCUUCCAAUAUAGGUGCUAAUUUGUCUAAAUUACGCAUUGUAAAAGAGGCCGAACUACGUAAAGGUGGUGUUUUGGGUAUGGGAGCAUUUGGUCGCGUUUACAAGGGUGUCUGGGUUCCAGAAGGAGAGAAUGUUAAAAUUCCCGUAGCCAUCAAAGAGCUUUUGAAAUCAACAGGAGCAGAAUCAAGUGAAGAAUUUCUCCGAGAAGCAUAUAUUAUGGCUUCAGUUGAGCAUCCAAAUUUGUUAAAACUAUUGGCCGUAUGCAUGACUUCACAAAUGAUGUUAAUAACCCAACUUAUGCCUUUAGGUUGUCUCUUGGAUUAUGUUCGCAACAACAGAGAUAAGAUUGGUUCAAAGGCUCUACUUAAUUGGUCGACACAGAUUGCUAAAGGUAUGUCAUAUUUGGAAGAAAAACGUUUAGUUCAUCGAGAUUUGGCAGCAAGAAAUGUUUUAGUCCAAACUCCUUCUUGUGUGAAAAUUACCGAUUUCGGUUUGGCAAAACUCCUAAACAAUGACUCAAAUGAGUAUAAGGCAGCGGGUGGUAAAAUGCCAAUUAAGUGGCUGGCAUUGGAAUGCAUACGUCAUCGUGUUUUCACAAGUAAAUCGGAUGUAUGGGCAUUCGGUGUGACCAUAUGGGAAUUGCUUACAUUUGGUCAAAGACCACAUGAGAAUAUACCAGCCAAAGACAUUCCUGAUCUCAUUGAAGUUGGCUUGAAAUUAGAACAGCCAGAAAUAUGUUCCUUAGACAUUUAUUGUACUCUAUUAUCCUGUUGGCAUUUGGACGCUGAAAUGAGACCUUCAUUUAAGCAGCUGGUGAAUGUAUUUGCUGAAUUUGCCCGUGAUCCCGGUCGUUAUUUGGCCAUUCCCGGAGAUAAGUUCACAAGGCUUCCUUCAUAUACCAGCCAAGAUGAGAAAGACUUGAUUCGUAAGUUGGCGCCAACGUUUGAUGGACCCGAGCCAAUAAAUGAGUCCGAUGACUAUUUGCAACCUAAAUCAGCACCCGGUCCCCACAAUCACGAUGGCUCAGAAGACAUUCCCAAACUAAAUCGCUACUGCAAAGAUCCCAUGAAUAAGAAUUCUUCCAACGAAAGUGAUGAAACCGAUUCGAAUGCUAGAGAAGUCGGAAUAGGCGACUUGCGUUUAGAUCUUCCAGUCGACGAAGAUGACUACCUUAUGCCCACCUGCCAAAUGCCCUCACAGAGCCAACUUAACAAUAAUAACAAUAAUAUAACAACGAGCAAUGCCAUGUCUUCAGCGCCGGGAGGUUAUAUGGAUCUAAUUGGUGUACCAGUCAGUGUCGAUAAUCCCGAGUAUUUGCUCAACCCAACUGCCAACCAAAAUCCCCAAGAGGCUCCCAUACCAACACAAACACUCGGAAUACCAGUAAUGGUAUCGAGGCCACCCAACGGAGUAACCACAAUGCUUGAUAUGCCCGUAACACCCUCAGAACCCACAAGUUCUGAUCAUGAGUACUACAACGACACUCAACGAGAAUUGCAACCUCUGCACCGAAAUGAAACAAGGGUAUGAUAUUAAAUCUGGGCUUUGAUAACACCACCACUGCCCUCGAACCCUAAAUAUAGUAGAACAUUUAACCAAUUCUUGCCCUAAAACGGUUAAAAAUGAAAACGUGCCUUUUAAUGUCUUAAAUAUUAACAUCUCCUACAAUAAUUGUAAAUAGAACAAAUUUUUAGAUAUAAAACUAAAUAAUCCAAUGAACAAUUUGUAACAUAAAAUUGUUUGUGUCCCGCCUGAUGAGAUAAGAACUGAUCGGAAAUUCAUUUCGAUACCGAGAAAACAACAAAAAUUAAACGCCUUAAAAGUGCCUGCAUAUAAAUGUAAAUUAGUAUAUUAAGUAAUGUAUUUAUUAAACUUACACAUGUAUGUAUUUAGUUUUAUUUAUCGCAUAUAAAAUUAGUUUUCUUACUAUUAAUUAAGUACUUAUUGUUAUUGCAAUGAAACAAA